ACAGCGACUACAGCGACUACAGCGACUACAGCGACUACAGCGACUACAGCGACUACAGCGACUACAGCGACUACAGCGACUACAGCGACUACAGCGACAACUCCGACUACAGCGACUACAGCGACUACAGCGACCUCUGCGGCUUCCUCGCAGGCAGCCAUCAGCUUCAAGACCGAUAUGGCGGCGACAUCAACUACUUCUACAGGAAGACGAUGGAGCUGUGCGUCGAGCUCUGCGAGCAAACAGCGAACUGUCGCCAAGUAUCGUUCGUCGUUCCGCCAUCUGCUGGCGCCGAUGGAACCUGCUACCUUAAGUCAUCGUCAGGCGCGCCCCAGACCAACACCAACAUCUGGGGCGGACGCAAGCUCACCGAUGCCACCAGCAGCUCCACCACAUCCUCGGCGGCGGCGGCAUCCUCAAGCGCUUCUUCCGGCGGCAGUGGCGGCUGGAACGGCUUCCCGGCGUCCUCGGGCGCCAUCGCUUGCCCGGGCUCCAACGCGACCGUCUACACGGUGCCCGCGUCGGGCGCGCAGUUCCUGGUCCUCUGCGGCUUCGACAACAACGGCAACAACAUGGCCGACAACCCGCGCUGGGCGUCGACGAGCGCCGUGCCCGAGGAGAUGGCCAGCCGCUGCGAUACGACGAGCGGCUGUAAGUGGGCCACCAUCGGCGGGAACGCGGCCUACUUCAAGGAUUCGGUCGGUCAGACGUACGCGAAUGCGAACGUCAUGGGCAUUCAGAAGGUUACGGGAAGUGGAGUGACGACUAAGAGGAGGGUGUUGAAGAAGAAGGGGGAAUUGCCGAGGAUGAGGAUUGUGAAGAAGGGGGUUACACGGAACGGUUUAGAGAGGUAG